AUGAGCUCUGGAAAUGCAACGUCCCCGAAGCGCCUUACAUGGCUUAUAACGGGUUCAUCCUCUGGCAUCGGCCUUGAGCUUGUCCGUCAAGCCCAAGAUAAUGGCCAUUUUGUGAUCGCCACGUCGCGCAACCCGAGUCGGACCCCGGAGCUUGUAUCUGAAGUGGAAAGCAAAGGUGGGCGCUGGAUUCGUCUGGAUGUGGACGACUCAGAAUGUGCCAAUGUUAUCCACGACCUGGAAAGAGAUGGUUACGCCAUCGACGUACUAGUUAACAAUGCUGGUUUCUCGAUUCACGGGGCUGCGGAGUCGUUCACGGAGGCAGAAGUCCGCGCGCAGAUGGAGACAUUGUACUUUGGCCCCUACCGCCUGACGAGGGCAGCCGUGCCCUACAUGAGGAAGCGUAGGUCCGGGAUGGUCACUCAGAUCAGUACCGGCGCAGCUUUAGAAGGACGCCCGAGCAUGGGCAUUUACGCCGCGAGCAAGGCUGCUUUAGAAGCCGUGUCCAAGGUUUUGGCGAAAGAAGUAGCCGAGUUUAAUGUUCGAGUUCUCGUCGUGCAGCUUGGCUCUUUCAACACGAGCAUGCCCAGCGCAAGUCGCCGAUCCGAAUUUGACGCCGAAUACUCCGGAACCAUGGUGGACAAGAUUACUUCGAUGGUCUCCGUCGAUGGUACUCUGAAAGCUGUAAACGACAAAGUCAAGGGUGCCAGGGCAAUAUACGAGGUCAUUGUCGGGGAAGGCGUUGGUAAAGGACUGGAAAGCGAGUUUUUGUUUCCUCUUGGCCAAGACACACUGUCGUUCCAGAAUCUAGCUGUUGACCCGACGGAAGAAGGUGGCUUAGAAAUUGAAAGCUAA